GCCCACACCUACUUCUCCUCUACCAACCACUUUUGGCAGGAACACUGGUCAAGAUGUCGGAAGUUUACGAAGGAGCUAUUGGUAUCGACUUGGGUACCACGUACUCUUGUGUGGCCGUCUGGGAGACCGCCAACGUUGAGAUUAUUCCCAACGACCAAGGUGCUCGUACUACCCCCUCUUUUGUCGCUUUCACCGACUCUGAGCGUCUCGUCGGUGAUGCCGCUAAGAACCAAGCCGCUAUGAACCCUCGUAACACUGUCUUCGACGCCAAGCGUCUUAUCGGUCGCCGUUUCGACGACGCUGAGACCCAAAAGGAUAUCAAGCACUGGCCCUUCAAGGUCCUCGACAACAACGGUGUUCCCACCAUUGAGGUCGAGUACUUGGGUGAGAAGAAGCAAUUCACUCCCCAAGAGAUCUCCGCUAUGGUUUUGACCAAGAUGAAGGAAAUUGCUGAGGCCAAGUUGAACAAGAAGGUCGAGAAGGCUGUCAUUACCGUCCCUGCCUACUUCUCUGACUCUCAACGUGCUGCUACCAAGGAUGCUGGUGCCAUUUCUGGUCUUAACGUCCUCCGUAUCAUCAACGAGCCCACUGCUGCCGCCAUUGCCUACGGUUUGGACGCCAAGACCGAGGAGGCCAAGAACGUUUUGAUUUUCGAUCUUGGUGGUGGUACCUUCGAUGUCUCCUUGUUGAAGAUCCAAGGUGGUGUCUUCGAGGUUUUGGCUACCGCUGGUGACACUCACUUGGGUGGUGAAGAUUUCGAUGCUGCUCUUGUUGAGCACUUCAUCCAAGAGUUCAAGCGCAAGAACAAGCUCGACAUCUCUGAGGACCCCCGUGCCCUCCGUCGUCUCCGCUCCGCUUGUGAGCGUGCCAAGCGUGCCUUGUCCUCUGUCACUCAAACCACCAUUGAGGUUGACUCUUUGUUCAACGGUGUUGACUUCUCUUCCAGCAUCACCCGUGCCCGUUUCGAGGACAUCAACGCUGCCACCUUCAAGAAGACCAUUGACCCCGUCGCCAAGGUCCUGAAGGAUGCUAAGGUCACCAAGGCCAACGUCCACGACAUUGUCUUGGUCGGUGGUUCCACUCGUAUUCCCAAGGUUCAAAAGCUCGUUUCCGACUUCUUUGACGGCCGUGCUCUUAACAAGUCCAUCAACCCUGAUGAGGCUGUUGCCUACGGUGCCGCUGUUCAAGCUGCCGUUUUGACCAACAAGGCUGACUCUGACAAGACUGCCGACCUUUUGUUGUUGGAUGUCGUUCCCUUGUCUUUGGGUGUCGCCAUGGAGGGCAACGUCUUCGGUGUUGUCUGCCCCCGUAACACUCCUAUUCCCACCAUCAAGAAGCGUACCUUCACCACUGUUGCCGACAACCAAACCACUGUCACCUUCCCCGUCUACCAAGGUGAGCGUGUCAACUGUGCUGAGAACGAGCCUCUUGGUGAGUUCCAACUCACUGGCAUUCCCCCCAUGCCCCGUGGCCAAGCCGAGCUUGAGGCCACCUUCGAGAUCGAUGUUAACGGUAUCUUGAAGGUUACCGCUAUGGAGAAGACCACUGGUCGCUCUGCUCACAUUGAGAUCACCAACUCUGUCGGUCACUUGUCUUCUACCAAGAUCCAAGAGAUGAUUGAGAACGCUGAGAAGAACAAGCAACAAGACAAGGAGUUCGCCAAGAAGUUGGAGGCCAAGUCCCAAUUGGAGGCCUACAUCUCCAACAUUGAGCAAACCAUCUCCGAGCCCAACGUUAUGAUGAAGCUCAAGCGUGGUGACAAGGCCAAGAUUGAGUCUCAACUCGCUGAGUGCAUGUCUCAACUUGAGCUUGACGACGCCAACACUGAUGCUUUGCGUAAGGCUGAGCUCCGUCUUAAGCGCUCUGUCCAAAAGGCUUUCGCUUCUAUGCGUUAAAAGUUUCUUCUUUAAUAGAGAUAUGUGAUUCACAGUUUUGCUAGCUCAAAUACUUGGAGUUUUGGUAUACACAUAAAUUGUGAGGUUUGUUUAGGAUUUAAAAUGAUUAAAGGUUGUCUUUACGAUUGGGAGGGGUUUGAGGGAAGU